AUGGCUGCAGCAUCUCGGAGCCGCCGGGCCCGCCGGCCGCCCUCCCCUGGGCACAUCGCAGUAGUGGUGGACCAUGGCUCAGGUUUCGCCAAGGCGGGCUUCGCGGGCGAGAGCCAGCCGCGAGUCGUGCUCAAGAGUUCCAGCCUGGUACCCAGCUGGGACCGGCCCGUACGACCUGGCGCACCGGGCUGCGAGCUGGCGGGCGGCGUGGCGCGCGCACACCCAAUCAAGCACGGCGUGAUCGUGGACUGGGAGGCGCUGGAGGGGCUGUGGGAGCGCCUGCUGGUGGGCGGCCUGCACGUGUGCCCGGAGCAGUGGCCCAUGCUGGUGAGCGAUUCGCCGUCCGCGCCGCCAGCCGGCCGGGAGAAGGUGGCCGAGCUGCUGUUCGAGACCCUGGCAGUUCCUGCAUGCCACGUGGCUAGCACGGCGCGGCUGGCCCUCUGCUCUGCCGGCGUGCUGAGUGGGCUGGCGGUAGAGGCGGGCGCAGGCGUGUGCAAUGCCACACCCAUCUAUGCAGGCCACUCGUGGCAAGAGGCCACUUUCCGGCUGGACGUGGCCGGCAGCACCUUGUCCCGCUAUCUGCGGAACAUGCUGCUGGCGGCGUGCCCCGAACUGCGACCGCAGGCGCUGUCCCGCAAGGCGGUCACGCAGUUCAAGAAGCACUGCUGCUAUGUGUCACUGGACUUCGAGGCGGAUCUCCGUGACCCUAGCCGCCACUUCCCGGCCAGUUUCUGCAUGGGCGAUGGGUGUGCCCUCAGCCUGGGCAGCGAACGCUUCCGUUGCCCGGAACCCAUCUUCCAGCCAAGUCUGCUGGGCCAGACUGAGCCAGGCCUGCCUACACUGGCCUUCCGGGCCCUGCAGAAACUGCCGGCCGCACUGCGAACACGGCUGGCUGACACAGUGGUGCUGGCUGGUGGUUCCACGCUAUUCCCUGGCUUUGCUGAGCGCCUGGAUUUGGAACUGGAGGCACAGUGCCGGCGACAUGGCUAUGGUGCCUUGAGGCCCCGCCUGGUGGCCAGGCCUGGACGUGGCACAGCCGUGUGGACAGGUGGCUCCAUGGUGGCCUCCUUGCACUCCUUCCAACGCCGCUGGAUGACCCAGGCCAUGUACCAGGAAUACGGCCCUGGACUGGUGCACGAGGUGUUCAACUGA